AUGAACCAGGCCAUUUCUCUUUCCUCGCCGACUCCUUCCGCGUCUACCCAACGACCAACUGCUGAGAUAAUUCCGGUUAUCGAGGAACUAACCGCUAUCUGUAGCGGUAAUGCUAUCGAUUCGCAUCUUGCAAUAUCGGCAACCGAGUGUCUCCUCCGGCUCCGCCACACAUUCAUUGACUGCGACCGUCCUCGCGAGGCAAAGGAAGCAUUCCGGCACUUAAAUGGCUUCCAAACACUUCUAGAUCUUCUCCGGAAGAUAUCAGAGUUUUAUAACCCAGAAAUAUUGUCAAGGGAGGAGAGGAGAAGUCUCCUGACCUUGUACAAGGAUGUCUUGACGGUGCUUGCGGAGUGCCUCAAGGAGCACCUGGGGAACAAAAGAUACUUUGCUUCUCGUAUACCAGGCGGGGGCGAGGUGGCGCUUGAAGAAGAUUUUGCAGCUCUUUCCCGAAAGCUAGACAUAGUUCAAGGCGAGGUUGAGUACUUCUAUGGUAGCAUCUUUGCAGCAGCUCUAUGCCAAGAGACUGCUGUAGAUAUAUUCACGAUGCUGAGCACCAAAUUUCAGAAUGACAGCGAGCUCUCGCCCCAAGCCAUCAAAGCGGAGAUAAAUCGGUGCAUAGGAUCAUCAGAAACGGUUGAAGUACCGGAGCUUUUGGGGCCACUGCUCCGGGUAUGGCUGGGGCAGUCUUCUUCACCUUCAUCUGAACAUAUGAUUCGGAGGCUCGCAUUGCCAGCAUGUCUUUGCCACCUUGCAUCACAAUCCCAGAGAAACAUCACAACCCUGCACAAGAAUGGGACGAUGAGCCUUAUACUCCCACUCUUGUUUGAUGAGAGUCGCCCGGAGAUGGAGAUAUUACUCUACCAGGAACUUGCCCAGCUAUUAAGUGUCCAGGGAAUAAGUAAUCUGGACGAUGCUGUUUCUCUAUAUAGGAAGUCUCAUCGGUCUCCCAAGGCUCUCCGAUUUCUUGUAAAUUUGCUCAAAUGUUCAAAAGAACCGCCCUCCAUUCAAUUUGAUCUCUCACUACAUGGGUUCUGCUCUUUAGAAUUCUCAACAUUGGGCCGGUCGUUCCCUCCAACUACCUCGUCUGGAUAUACAAUUGGGAUUUGGGCACGUUUUGACGAAUUUGACCGCAGCACUCACACGACUAUUUUUGGGGCGUUUGAUCACAGCCAAACAUGCUUUCUCCUGGCAUAUCUCGAAAAGGAUACUCGCAAUUUUAUACUGCAGACAUCUAUCAAGGGUCCACGUCCAAGUGUGCGCUUCAAGUCGCUAGCAUUUGAACCGAAUCGGUGGUACCAUAUUUGUGUCGUUCACAAGAAACCACGACCACCUUCGUCUUACUCGCGCGCGUCCUUAUUCAUUGAUGGUGAAUUUGUCGAGCAAUUAAGAAUCGAAUACCCAUGCAUACCAGCCCCGAGUCCCCAAAAUAGAACCCCACGAGUCCAGGCUUUUUUCGGUACACCUCAAGACCUGGCGAUGAGACUUGGAAAGGGAGUAUCCACCUCCCGGUGGUCUCUGGCAAAUGCGAUUCUUUUUGAGGAGGCCUAUAGCGAUGACAUGAUUGCGGUUUUCUACAAUCUUGGUCCUCGUUACUAUGGAAACUUUCAAGAUUGUCUUGGCUCUUUUCAAACGUACAGAGCUUCAGCGACUUUGAACCUUCGUAACGAGCAUCUACACCCCGGUAAGGAAGAGCAAUCGGAUAUUGUGACAGCUAUUCGACGGAAAGCAAGCACUUUGAUCCGCGAGGGAGCUAUAAUGAUCAAUAUUUCUCCGUUAUCUAUUCUAGAUGAUGACGACAGUAACACUAUUGAUGAGUCUCAGCUCAUCAAAUCGCUCUCUAAACAAGCUGCAAAACAUUUACGCCAAUUAACAAAGGCAGGAGGAAACGCAGUGGCAGUCAAUGGUGCAACCCCGGCGAUUAAUGAUGCUUUGACACAAGCUCAUGGUGUUGGUAUCUUAACAGGCGACCCGGUGGUUACAUCACCGCAAUCUCUUGACGAUAUGAGUUGGCGCAUUGGUGGUUGUGCGGCGGUACAUCUGAGUUUAGUCCACGCAGCUACCACAGCAGAAUCUACACUUCUUGCUGUCGAAGCAUUAUAUGAAGCUGUGCAAGAUAGUUGGCGAAAUAGUGAAGCGAUGGAGAAAGAGAAUGGAUAUGGUAUCCUAGCAACGUUGCUGCGUGAAAAGCUCGGUUGGGCAUCGGGAAACUAUACUGCACCAUCCAGGACGGCAAGCGUUUGCUCAAACUACGAGGAAAGGUCUGCUUUGACCUUAGAGCUUCUUCGCUUGACCCUGAAAUUCGUCGGCUACGACCUCGAACAACCAAGCCGUUCGAUGAUUACGAACCCCCUGGCUUAUAGGGUGUUGCUUGUGGAUUUGGAGAUAUGGAGAUACGGUGGACAUCCUCUCACUGAACUCUAUUAUUCGCAAUUCUGCAUAUUUGCAAAUGAGAGUCAGUUCCGCCGGUUUAAUUCAAAACGGCUUGCCCGUAUGCGUGUGAAUAAAAAAAUGCUGGAGGCACUCAAGGGAGAGAAUUUCACGCCUGAAGCGUUACGACUGUUCGCUUCCGCCUUUGGUUCUUUGAUGGAAAGUUGUCUGUCCGCGGACUUACUCCGGUCUCUGGCUCUUUUUAUCACGUAUUCCCUUCACAAGCCUAAGGAGCCCAGUACAUUGCAGAAAAAGAAGAGUAUUAGAUUCAAUACAGGCCCCCGACAACAAGUCGCGUCUUCUGAGAGAGAGGAAAAGGUGCCUUCUGUGACGAUAUCAGUUGAAAUGCUUCGCCUCUUUUGUUCCCUUCUCUGCAACUCGCAUGAUCUCGGGCCUAUAAAGAAAUUUGCCAGAACAGUAACAAAUAAAUGGCUUCUGUACCUUAUGUGCGAGGAUGAACCUGAAAUUGUCGUCCUGGCUUGUCGAAUACUGGCCCGCCUCCUCAUCACCAGUGGUAGCAAUUACAAUAAGAAGUUCAGCGAAAAAAGCGGUGGAUAUGUCAUAAUGCGAAGUUGUUUUAGACGAUGGUGGAACGUUCCAGCCAUGUGGCCGAUAUGCUUUUCCAUACUCUUUGGCCUCGAUCUUGGCACAACGAUAUUCGACAGACCAUUUGAUCAUCUUGCUCUUGCGGAAAUUUUCUCCGGCAGCCAAACGCAAGUUGUUUUCCCUGAGAUGUUCCCCGUUAUCAUAGAGAUGUUGCAAAGCGCCUUGCGAAAAUCUAUCCUGGCAGACGGGGCUACAGAAGAAGGCCUUGAUUCCAUGCAGAAAUAUCUAACCCAAUCUUCAAAGCCUCCAAUGGCCUCGCAUGUCCCAGUAGUUUCUGGUAUUGAAGAGUCAUCGUUAGUGGCAGCAGUGAUUGAGUUUAUGGCGAGAAUGCAUUUGAAUUCCCCGAGCUUUCGAGAAUUUACAUUGCAAUCCGAAUACGCCCAACACCUACUCUCGGUGCUGUUCCCGGUCGUUGUUGGCUCCGAUUCUGUGAGCGCCGAUGUUGAAUUGUCUUACCGUGUCAGCGGUCUCGGUCUUGAUGACCAUAGUUCUAACAGUCGUCCUCACUCAAGAGGCAUCACUGAAUUACGCACCACAAUGGUUGAGCAGUCUGGAGGUCGUGAUGAGACUAGCGAAUUACUUGGUCGUGGUUCAUCCUUUAUCCUUGUUUCAUCUGACAGAGGAAAGUACUCACGUUCUCCUUUACGGAUUCGGCAUGUAUUCAAUCCAGGGAAUAUCGAGAUUGAAGGAAUUACCAAUCACCCGUUCAUUCUUCGGAUCCUGAGUUUAGUCUUGUCUAUUUUCUCCGAGCAGCUUCUUGAGCGGAAAGAUUUUGCUGGCCUUGGCCUUUAUUUAAAAACGCCUUCGGGAUUUCUGGAACACCAAGCCUACUUCAACUCAUGGGUGUUGCGAAGCCUACUUAUAACGUUAAAAGAUGUUGUGUUUUCUAAGACUCAACUGCUGUCAGAGCCACGGGUGCUUACCAACCUGGGGCGCUUUACCACCCACCUGGCUGAAGCAGUAUUCGAAGGGUGGUUUGUUGAUGGUGCCGCUGCAACCCUUGAAUUUUCUGGUACCAUUCUGGAGUAUCUCCAGCGACCAGAUAUCUCGCGGUUGAAGAGCAUAAGACUUUGUAGUCAGGUCAUCGCCACGAUUCGAUCAAAUAUGUUCCGCGUUGUUCUAGCUCAACUCUCGGAAGUCGACGGCCCCGGCACUUUACCCUUUCUGGGUCGGUUAUCUUAUUGGCAGGUUGUACUUCUGUCACAGGAAGACUCUCAAUCAGACUGCCUACAGCUGCUCUGCUACCUUCUUUACACAAAGUUGAUUGAUAAGAACAGGGAUGUACGUUUGGCCGCAGCGAGCCUUUUUAGGAUUAUCCUGGUGCAAAAGCCGACUGAGCUGUUUACAAUAUUGAGCUGUGUUGCAAUUCCGCUCCAAGAACGUCUUUCUAGUGGAUUUGAGGCCUUGGUAGGCAUGGAUGAUGUUGCUUUUCUUCAGUGGAUAGAUGACCAAGAAGACGACCUCAAUGCCUUGUUUCUAGGGACCAUAUCCAAGUCGUGGGAAGAAUUUGUUCAAGAACAAAACACAGCAAUAGAGAAUUCGUCGCGAUCUAGAACCUCCAAACGACACGAGAAGCUGAGGCAUCUGAGCAAGCUAGAGAAGCACAACGAUGAAGUAACAAGAAGACAUGAAGCCACCCUGCCUCAUUGGAUAUCGAACAUAUCGGCGUCGGAGUUUUUGAAGUACCAGAGAGCUGUGCAGGAUCAACAAGAUAGCUAUUUGUUCAUGUGGACCGCGUUCUCUCACCUAACUUUAGACUUACGUCGUCCUGGUGGCGUUCUGGCCGAGGAAAAGGAGAGGAGGUGGCGUCUUGAUCAGACAGAAGGACGAAGCCGUAUGCGUCUUCGCAUAGUCCCGGAUGAUUCGGACGAGAGACAAGACUACCAACCGAAACGCAAAGCGUCAGAACCUCCUGCAAUCAAAAUUGACACGCAAGUACAAUCAUCCUCUAAACCCGACACUAUUGGGUUUGACCCUUCCACUGUGAAUAGUGAUGAGUCAGAGAGCAAUUCCCAAGGCAUCGGCCCGGAUACUGGCAGUGUCCUUGAAGAAAGCUUUGAGAUGAUCGAUGACCCUAAGGCGGACCUGGAAGAUUACGAAGAUAAGAACAGGAAAGUUAUGAGAAGCCUACACAGGGGUGAUCAAGUUGAGAACCUUUGCAAUGUUUCGAGAAUUGUAGGAUUAGAAGCUUUCGAAGGCCUGUUGAUCCAAGGAAAGGAUCACAUUUACAUACUGGAUAACUUUUUUCAGCGGUCUGAUGGCGAAAUCGUCAAUGUUUGGCAAGCUCCUACUGACGAACGUGAUCCUUAUGUUCGAAUGAUUGCUGGAAGGGAAUCGAAUGAGCGCAAACCCCAAGAGCAUGAAACCAGGAGCUGGAAAUGGACCGACCUAGUCAGCGUUUCCAAAAGACGAUUCUUGUUCCGCGAUGUAGCCCUGGAGAUAUUCUUUACUGACGGCAGUAGCUACCUGUUGACGCUUAUCUCGUCACGAGCUCGAGAUCACUUGUGCGGUCAGCUCGCUAGCAAGGCUCCCCAAGUCACAGGGAGUGUUGGACACUCGCGGCCGGAGGACAUUUGGAGGUUUGAGACCCUGCGAAGCUCCGAAGAUACACCGCAAUCUCUUGGGUCAAAGUUUGCCAGUGUCUUCGGCCAUUCGCCAGCGUAUCCAGCAACGCGUAAAUGGGUCAAGGGCGAAAUCUCGAAUUUCCAUUAUCUCAUGUUAAUCAACACCCUUGCUGGAAGAACAUUUAAUGAUUUGACACAAUAUCCCGUCUUUCCAUGGGUUCUUGCUGAUUAUACAAGCGAAGAGUUGGACUUGAGUAAUCCAAAGACUUUCCGAGAUCUUUCGAAGCCUAUGGGAUGCCAAACUCCAGAGCGAGAAUCCGAUUUUAGAGAACGGUAUCAAGCUUUCGCGGAAAUGGGCGCGGGGGACUCUCCACCUUUUCAUUACGGCACGCAUUAUUCCUCCGCUAUGAUAGUGAGCUCCUACUUGAUUCGUCUGCAACCAUUUGUGAAGUCCUAUCUCCUUCUCCAAGGGGGGACUUUCGAUCAUGCUGAUCGUCUUUUCUACUCCAUUGGAAAGGCAUGGGAGUCUGCAUCUCGAGGAAAUAUGUCGGAUGUGAGAGAAUUGAUUCCGGAAUUCUUCUACCUACCAGAGUUCCUGGUCAACUCCAACAAGUAUGAUUUUGGGCUGCUUCAGAAUAUGGCGACCGCAAUUGACUCCGUCGAGUUGCCCCCAUGGGCUAAAGGCGACUCGAAGAUUUUCAUCGAGAAAAAUCGGGAAGCUUUAGAGAGUCCCUACGUGACGAGGAAUCUGCAUCACUGGAUUGACUUGAUUUUCGGUUGCAAGCAGAAGGGUGAAGCUGCCAUAGAGGCUGUGAAUGUGUUCCAUCAUCUUUCCUACCAGGGCGCUAAGGAUGUCGACGCUAUUGACGAUCCUGUGGAACGUUUGGCUACUAUUGGCAUUAUACACAACUUUGGACAAACCCCACAUCAAAUAUUCAAUCGGCCUCAUCCCCAGAGUGAGGGACAACGACAUCGGAUCCCACGACUAGAUUCCCUUGCUGAAUCGCUCACCCAGCUCCCUCUCUCGCUCCUUGUAGAUAUUGGAGAGCAAGUUUCAUCCUUGUGUAUGAGGCAAGAUCGAUUGCUGUGCACUGCUGCCCUAAGACUCAAUAUUCCCCCAUAUUACGACAAGUACAUGGAAUGGGGCUUCUUCGAUGGCAGUGUGAGAUUCUAUUCUGCGGAUAAUCGCAAGGUACCGUUGCUUCUGGGCCACUUUGAGCACCUACAUAUUGGACAACUAUCUUGUGCGGCUUUUGCCGAUUCCCGAACACUAGUGACUGCAGGGACUGAUUGCACAAUUUCCAUAUGGAGCUUUACGGCAACAGCCAAAUCUGUUGACCUGCAACCUGCAGGGUCCUUAUUUGGACACCGUUCUCCCGUAACUAUACUUGCCAUGUCACGAUCCUUUAGUACCCUUCUCACUGCAUCUGUCGAUGGCCAGCUUAUGCUCUGGGAUUUGAACCGCCAGUGUUUUGUGCGGGAAAUUCCAACGAAGGGGCCUGUGGAUUGUGCUCGAAUCAAUGACGUGACGGGAGAAAUCGCGAUAUGCCAGGGAAAUUGUAUCAGCCUAUUUACGCUCAACGGGGCUCUGUUACUCGAACAGGUUGUGUGUGAGUCGGCCGAUGACAAGGUCAUGUCGUGCGUCUUCUACGAAGGGGUGAACAACGAAUGGCAGGAGCGAGAAUUGCUUUUUACAGGUCAUCGAAGAGGAGUGGUCAAUAUCUGGACUAAAACUAUGCGCGGCGGCCGGUUUGAAUUGGAGUUAAUCCGACAACUCCAUCAUGUUGAUAGCAAUCGCGACAAUGGCGCGAAUAUUGCCGCGGGAAUCAGUUGUAUGUUGACGCUCCCCCAUGUUGUUUAUACAGGGGAUGAGACGGGGAAAGUGUACGAAUGGAGCUGCGUCCAGCGCCGUUAG